AUGAGACAAAUCAUGCCUGAGGCAGCGAUUUACUCUCCGCCCAAGAGCAACGGCGCGGAAGCGCCUGCGGGUGGGCCUGAAACAAGGUGCCAAUUGCUAGAGCAGCCGCAGCAGCAGCCAGGGCUAGAGGAGCUGCCAGUGAUGGCGCCAGCGCCCCGCCGAGAUCUCCUCCCAAAGGAACAUUUCGCGUUUGUCUUUGGAGGUGUCAAGACUCAGAAUUACCAUGACCCAGCUGCGAAGGGGCCAGGGUCUCAUACCAUCCGGACACUGGCAUGGAACCCUACCGGUCAACUAAUCGCGACUGGCUCUGCUGACCGUACACUACGAAUCUGGAACCCCGAGCGCCCUGCUGUUCGAUACUCAACGGAGCUUCGCGGACACUCCGCCGGCAUUGAGAAGGUUCUCUUCAACCCCGUUCGAGAUGCGGAAUUGGCAAGCUGUUCGACAGAUGGAACGGUGCGCUUUUGGGAUGUCCGUUCCAAGACAUGCGUGAGCCGUCUAGAUGUCGGCGGCGAGGCCUUUACACUCUCCUGGUCGGCCGACGGGAGUACAAUGGUAGUUGGUAGGAAGGAUGACACAUUAAUCCCAAUCUCUGUCCAAUCUCUGUCUACUCCUACCAUCCUGUCAAAUGGAGGCGCCAGCAAUGACAUUUCUUCAUCCGGCGCCUCCAAAUCUGGCGCGUCAAUAUACUCAGCCCUUACACCACACCCGCAACCGAUUCAAACUAAUGCCACCACCUUCUCCAACCACAUCGCCACGCCUUCCUCUCCAGACCUACACCUACUCGCAACAACCGGCGAGGGGACCGUGAAGAUCAUGUCCUAUCCCUCAUUCGAUAUCCUCCACACCCUUCACGCACACACCUCCUCCUGCAUGGCUAUCUCUCUUGCGCCUACGGGCCGUUACCUAGCCGUCGGCGGGAGCGAUGCACUUAUCUCUCUAUGGGACACGACAGAUUGGAUCUGCCGCCGCACUUUAUCCAGUGAGAACGGUGGUUCUAUUCGUGGAGUCAGCUGGAGCUUUGACGGCCGCUUUAUUUGCGGCGCUUGUGAUGAGCCCUUCUGUGGUGGAAAUGGUCUGGAAAUCUUCCAUGCGGAGACGGGCGAGAGUGUUUACACAGUACCGACGGCCGGCGUCAAUGUUGGUAUUCCGGCCGUUGCGUGGCACCCCUCUAGAUAUUGGUUGGCGUACUCGACGACCCAUGACGGGCCGGGAAGUGGUUCGGGCGGCUUGAAGAUUGUUGGCGCCGCUGGUGGCGGUCUUUAA